AUGGGUGUGGAAGACCAGAGUCAGCAGCCCAAGAAGGGGGGGAAAGCCACAGCCAGGAGGAGGUUGGCUUUCCAAGCUGCGAGGCAGAAGCAGCCAGACUCCGAUGAGGAUGAAGAGGCUAUGAAGAGGGGCCUGGCGGAGAUUGUGGCCAACAUAAGCGAGGCCGACACCUCCGAGGAGGACAGCAGCGAGGACGAGGGUUCUGCAGCUAAGCUGCCCACCAUGUCCUCCUUCGAGAAGGUCCUGGGACCCAUUUUUGGAGGCCGCUCAAAGGCCUCCAAAAUGAGGAAGCUGUCCUUCCCUCCCUCCAUCGACAAAUACAUGGAGGAUUACUCCGCCUUUUUGACUGUGCGGGGCGGCACAGUCAAGAUGGCGGAAAAUGCCAUUUCGAAGGCUUCCCGGGCAAAGGCCUUCGUCAAGUUUAUGAUGGUGGGCUGGACGGAGGUCAGGUACUGGACCUGGGAGUUCCUGGAGAACCUCCAGCUGAUAAAGUUAUACCCGGUUUUACUCAAAAAGUUCGGGCUGGCCCCCUCCACCAUCUCCCUCUACGUCGGCCACGCCCUAUGCUUCGUCGAGUAUUUUUUCGACACCCCCCCUCACCACUGCCGGCUGCCAAAGGGCAAACUUAAACAAGUCAAGAGGGAGCUGAAAAAGGUGCUGAGGAUGGCGGGUCGCACCGUCCUGGGUCGCCAGGUGGAGGUGAAGCAGCAGAAGCAGCAGCGGCUGGUGACCCGGGCAGCCCUGGCGACCUGCCAGUCCUUGGCCCGGGCCAAGAUCCCCGAGCUCCUGGACGACAUUGAGAAGGCCCCUCCCCGGCACCCACCAACGAGGUACCGCUUCUUCGGGUACCUCGGGGCCUACAUUGCGGCCAUAUAUGGCCACAGAACCGGGGUCCUCACCUGCAUGAGGGUGAAGGAGGUGAAGGAGGCCCUCGGGGAUGACGCCACAGGCUACCUCAUCAAUGUCAGAGACCACAAGACCCUGCGCAGGUUUGGCCUGGCCCAGAUAUACCUGGAUGGGGAGGAGUACGGGUGGUGUAGGCGGUGGCUUGACCUCAGGAGGAGGUGCGUGGCCACCAACCCCUACUUCUUUUCCUCGUUCGGGAAGGGCCAGGCCAAAGAUAUGGUGAGGUACGUCCGUAGGGCCUGGACGGAGAUGGGGCUGCCGGGGACUCCAUCACUCCUCGACAUAAGGAGCGCUGUGGCCACCUACAACUUCGAGAGCAACACCAGGGAGGACAGAGAGAGGGUGGCAACGGCCAUGUGCCACUCGGUGGCCACACAGGAGCGCUUUUAUGCGCUCCACAAGACGGUGGCCCUGGCUGGCAAAAUGCGCCAGCUGUUCAUUCUGUCCAGCCUGGAGGAGAAGGAGGUGGCAGCACCACCACCAUCACCCCCACUGGUGUCUCCGAGGAAGAGCGGCGGAAGCAGCAGCCUCAACAUCGCUGCCCGCCGCAUCCGAAAGAGGGUGUUGAGCCCUGCCAAAACCCCGGACAAACUGAGGAUGAGGGCAAAGGUGUUGCUGCCCAAAGUGUAAAUAGUUUUUAUUGUAUACAAUAGUGUUAAUAGUAUGUUAGUUAGUUUAA